AUGGCAAGCUUAGUGACACAAUGUGAAGAGCAUUUCCACUGCAGCAGUCUGUACGAUGUGCUGGGAGUUUCAAAACGCUGUAAGGCAGCAGAAUUGCGUAAGGCGUUUUACAAGAUGUCCCUUCUACAUCAUCCAGACAAACACAUCGGAGCUGCGAAAGUGGAAGCGACAGCGAGAUUCCAGAUUUUAUCUAAGAUUUACUCUAUCCUGAGCGAUACCGAAAAGCGAAAGGUAUAUGAUGAAACAGGUGUUGUCGAUGAGGAUGAAAGUAUCGCUAGCAAAUCGUACGACGACUGGGUCACAUACUGGCAACUUAUUUUUCCUCGCGUAACAACUGAGAAGAUAGAUGAGUUUUGUGCCAAGUACAAGGAUAGCCAGCAGGAACUUGAUGACCUGGCUGAAAUCUACGAAAGAUUUAAGGGAGACAUGGAUUCCAUUCUGGAAACGCUGUUGUUCGCGUCUUAUACAGACGAAAGUCGUAUAAGAAAGCUCAUCGACCAACUGAUCGCAUCUGGGAGAGUGAAGGCCUACGGCAACUACACUAAAGAAGACCCUGCUAAAGUUUCAAAGCGAGCCAAGAGAGCUCUAAAAGAGGAACAAUUGUUCAAUCAAGAGCAGCUGAAGCUAUCCAAGCGGGCACUUGACUCCGCUUCUAAGGAAUCGGAAGAUUCACUCAUUUUGGCAAUCAAAGCAAAUCGAGAGCGGCAUCUACAAUCUACGGAAAACUUGCUAGAUCGCCUAACAGAGAAGUAUUGCAAACCACCAGCGCCCAAAAAACCCCGAGCUAAAAAACGCUAG